UUUUUUUUCGUUCAACCCUUCUCCUCUUAUUUUUUUUUUUCCUUUCCUUCUUUUCCUUUUUACAACUCUAGUUAGAAAUGGCUUCUCGAUUUACCCGUUUGACUACCGUCGUUCCUCAAUUGACCCGAGGUUAUGCUGCUGCUGCUGCUCCCAAGGCACCUCUUGCUCUCUUUGGUCUUGAUGGUCGUUAUGCUACUGCUCUUUACGUCGCUGCUGCUCGUCAAAACGCUCUCGAUGCUGUUGAAAAGGAUCUCAAGUCUUUCGAAAAGAUCGUUGCCAAGGAUAAGUCUAUUGGAUCUUUCUUGGAAAACCCCACCAUCUCUCUUAAGGAUAAGAAAGAAAGUGUUCGUUCCGUGUUGGCCAAAUCUGGCAAGGCUCACAGUUUGACUGAAAAUUUCUUUGAUACUUUGGCUGAAAAUGGUCGUCUUCCUCAAACUGUCAAGGUGAUUGAAUCUUACUCUGAAUUGAUGAGUGCUCACCGUAACGAAUUGCCUCUUGUUAUUACUUCUGCUAAGGAAUUGGAUAAGGCUACUUUGAACAAGGUUGUUGAUUCUCUUCAAAAGAGUCCUCUUGCUGAAGGCAAGAAACUUCUCGUUUCUAACAAGGUUAAAUCUGAUAUUCUUGGUGGUCUUCUCGUUGAAAUUGGUGACAAGAGCAUUGAUUUGACUGUUUCUAGCAAGCUUGCCAAACUUAACAAGCUUGUCACUGAUUCUAUUUAAGUGAUAUGUUAGUACGUAAUAGGAAUAGUCAGUUGUUUUAUUUUAUUUUUAUUUUAUUUUUUACAUAUAUACACAGAAUAAAGAACAAAAAGAUUAGUUUUUUGUAUCAAAAA